GUAUUGGAAAAAUUUAAAAGAGGAACCACUCAAGUUGACUGACAACAUCGAUAGAAUCUAUAAAAGCAACCAGCGUUGAGUUACGGAAUUGACUAAUUGAACAAAAUGCAACGCAUAGAACAACUCGCCGUUACAGCAAUGCUGGCUGUUGUUGUACUGUUGAUCGACAGCAGCGCCGCCACCGAGCAAGUAAGGACCUGUUAUACCUGCGAGGGCAUUAAUUGCCAAAGAACAUCACUCGUCAAAGAACAAAAGUGCCAGAAUGCCUUGGAUUAUUGUGUGACAGUAUUUGAUAAAUUUACCGUUUUGCAAAAGGGUUGCUCCCUCGAGGUGCCCAGUGCACUGCGUCGCCGCUGUGAUGCCAACACGGUCGAAUGCCACAAAUGUAAUGCGGAUCGUUGUAAUAAUCUAGGUCAACCGAAUUAUCUUUGCUUGCAGUGUGAUUCUAGCACGGAUGCUAAUUGUGCCAGCAAAUCCAGCGCGGUUAUGCCAGCACGUUGUCCAUCACCGACGGCGCCAAACUCCUAUUGCUAUGUGAAAUAUGAGGGCGGUGUCACUACACGCGGCUGUUCGACAACUGUUGCAGAUCAGCGAAGCUGUUAUUCGAAUGCCAAUUGUAUGCUAUGUUCACCUGGUGACCUGAAAGGCUGCAACGGCGUUGAUUUUGCGCCCGGCACACGUGCCAUGAGACUUUAAGGAAUUGAAAAUGAAAUUAUAUGAGUUAUAUUUAUGUAGAAAAUUUCGGAAGUAUUGAAAUAGUAUUAAAUGAAUUGGUUGCAUUUA